AUGAGAGGGCGCGCGUCGCUGUCCCAUGAAACGCACCCCCGUAGCCCGUCUACUCAUUCGCACAGCGGUCCCUUCGGAGGCUUGAGGAGGGCACUCACCGGCGGUGGCACGCUCAAGGGCAGCGUCAUCAGGAAGAACACCACCCGCAAGGGCAGCAAAUCGUCCAAAGCUGGCGGUAGCUCCUAUCCACCUGCCCACGCGCAGAACCGCGACAUUUCCUUCCCGAUCAACGAGCACGAGCCGCACCACCACCACCACUAUGCGACCGACCACUCGAUGCACCAUAAUGAUGGAUUCCACGGGAAGAGCGCCAAGGCCGAGAACUUCUUCGGCGUGUUCCUGAGCCUGCUGCGCUGGAAGAAGAAGCUCAUCCUCAAGACGACCAAGGGGAAGCAUCAGGACACCGAACUCCUCAUGGCAUGUCCCUUCUUCCGCCUCGAUCCCUUCCGGUACCAGCGCUGCCUGGGCAAAUACGAGCUCCGCCGAUUCUCCGACGUCAAGCAGCACCUCGAGCGAUGCCACUCGCCUGGCCACUACUACUGCGAUAACUGCCAGCAGACCUGGACCAAGGAGGGGCCCUGGAACCACCACUUGAAGAACGGCUGCGGUGGCGAGGCUACCGCGCCCGACCCGGAUAAGAUCCCUAUCGACAAGCUCGAGUUCCUCAAGAAGCUUCCCCGAGGAGCCAGCGACGGCGAGAAAUACCGGAUGAUGUGGAAGGAGUUCUUCCCGGGAGAGCCUCCUGACCCGUAUCUACGCGACAUCCCAACCGAGGCGACAUCACAGCUUCGCCAGAUACAGGAGCCUACAUUGCGACACAGCGUGCUUCCCGCCCUGCUGCGCAAGCACGGCGUGGACCUGGGCCGCAAGGAGACCCAGGCGUUUGUCGAGGAGAUUCUCGCCGAGGCCUAUAACCUGAAUCAUUCUCGCCCUCCUGCGCCAGUCUACCGGCAGGACCCAGGUCGUCCAUCACUACCUUCAAGCUCGGCGUCACCACAGAUAGGCGGCGGCGGCUUCAUCAGCAACCGUCAGUCACUUCAUCAGUCGCCAGAGGAGCUACAGCAGCCCUUCCGGCAGCCCAAGAUGAAGCCAGAGCUGUCGCUGGAUGUUGACUUUGCCAGCAUCCCGCAGCAUCAGCCACAGUCACAGCCGCUGAUGGAGCCUGUCAGCGCCCACUCGCUCGUGCACAGCCCGGCAGUCAGCAUUGGCGAGGGCUUUGAUCAUUUCGAUACUACGAUGAGCCCGGCUGGAGGCUUCCCUCAGUACAGCCAGCACCAGCCCAGCGUCGACUCGUACCUGUCGCCGACGAUCCCCCAGCCUAUGACGACCAGCUUCAGCCAGAUGAGCCAGCACAGCCAGCACAGUCAGCACUACGACAAUGUCUCACCUACGACGCAAAAUCUACCGAUCAUAGGCGGCCCUAGCCACCACUCUGGUCCGCCGUCCCUCAUCUCCGAGAAUGGCGCCGUCUCCUUCAACCUCGACGACUGGUCCAGCCUCGACGCCGGCCCCGGCCCCAUGAAGCUGGACGAGCCGCAGUUGAUGCCGUUCAGCACGCAGCCGCCGGAUCCCACUCCUGGAAUCAUGGUGUUUCCGCCGGCGGUCAAUUAUCCGCAGUUGCCGGAGAUGUCGUUCCCCAAGUGUUGGGCCUGCGAGAAUAACCAGGGCUUGCAGUUUUGUACUUGCGAGUCGCCGAUUCCGGACCGGCAGAUGAUGUGA